ACGCAGCAGCCCCAGCAGCCUCGGUGUGAGUCUCGUGCGUCGGUCCGCUGCAGUCUCCCUCUAAACAGUGAAGAUGCCCGCAGACCUGAGUCAGUGGAACGGAGACCUGGCCCUGCAGGACGUGGAGGAGAAGCCAGCCCAGCCUCUGACGGUCAAAUACGGGUCUGUGGAGAUCGACGAGCUCGGCAAAGUGCUCACUCCCACCCAGGUCCAGAAUCGUCCCACCUGCAUUGAGUGGGAUGGCUGCGACUCCGGAAAGCUGUACACUCUGGCCCUGACCGACCCCGACGCCCCCAGCAGGGCAAAACCCAAGUUCAGGGAGUGGCACCACUUCCUGGUGGUCAACAUGAAGGGGAACGACGUGUCUUCUGGUACCGUCAUGUCCGACUACGUGGGCUCUGGUCCGCCCAGUGAAACUGGUCUCCACAGGUACGUGUGGCUGGUGUACGAGCAGCCGGGCAGCCUCUCCUGCUCCGAGCCCAAACUCACAAACCGCUCCGGAGACGGCCGCGGCAAAUUCCAGAUCCAGAGCUUCAGGAAGAAGUACGGCCUGGGGGCCCCAGUGGCAGGGACCUGCUACCAGGCCGAAUGGGACGACUAUGUGCCCAAACUGUACGAGCAGCUGGCGGGAAAAUAGAACACAACGCAGAAAGACUUAAUCCUUAAUCAUCCAGGAAGGGUUUUUUUUUUUUUUUUUUCAUGUGCCAUUAAACGUGCUGUUUGUUUUCUGCCCAGGCAGAAAAUCAAUUGAAUCUGCAAUAAACCCAUUUCAGCAA